AUGGCCCGACAGUGCCUGCGUCACUCAGGGUGCCAAGAUGGUGAGUGCGGACUGGUGAAGCUAGACAUUAGCAGGCUUGGUGGUGGAGACGACGACUACGACGACGACGGCGACGACGACGACGACGACGACGACUACGACGACGACUACGACGACGACGGCGACGACGACGGCGACGACGACGGCGACGACGACGGCGACGACGACGACGACGACGACGACGACGUCCACUACCACUUCUACCACAGAGUUUACCAAGCACUUAACGCCAUCAAAACAUUAUACAACUUUUGA